CUCCUGACAGAAGCAUCAACAUCUUCCACUGUCUGAUGGAGAUGAACGAUGACUCAGUCCAUCAGGAGAUCCAAGAGUUCCUGAAGUCAAAGAGGAGAUCAAAGUACCUCUCUGUGAUCCACUGCUCAGCUCUGGCCUACAUGCUGCAGAUGUCAGAGGAGGUUCUGGAUGAGUUGGACCUGAAGAAGUACAAAACAACAUGGGAGGGACGACGGAGACUGAUUCCAGCUGUGAGGAACUGCAGAAAGGCUAAACUUUCUCGCUGUGGACUCUCAGAGAGUGACUGUGAAGUCGUGGCCUCAGCUCUGAAGUCCAACCCCUCCCAUCUGACAGAGCUGGACCUGAGAGGAAACAUCCUGAAAGAUUCAGGAGUGAAGCUGCUAUGUGCUGGACUGGAGAAUCCAAACUGUAAACUUGAGGCUCUGAG